ACCUUUCUUUCUCUCUCGCGUUCUACAAAUAGAAAGGAGCUCUCUUCCUUCUUUUCUCCCAACCAAAAGCUUUCCCCUUAGCUCUCUUAGAUUCUCUUCCAGCGAUCUUAGAGAGAGAGAGAGGAGAGAAGAUGGGGAGGGGAAGGGUGGAGCUGAAGAGAAUCGAGAACAAGAUCAAUCGCCAGGUGACCUUCGCGAAGCGGCGGAAUGGGCUCCUCAAGAAGGCCUACGAGCUCUCCGUGCUCUGCGACGCCGAGGUUGCUCUCAUCAUCUUCUCCAACCGCGGGAAGCUUUACGAGUUCUGCAGCAGCUCCAGUAUGAUGAAGACACUUGAAAGGUAUCAAAAAUGCAACUAUGGUGCUCCGGAGACUAAUAUUAUAUCAAGAGAGACUCAGAGUAGUCAGCAGGAGUACUUGAAACUAAAAGCACGUGCUGAAGCCUUACAGAGAUCGCAAAGAAAUCUCCUCGGUGAGGACUUGGGCCCACUCAGCAGCAAGGAGCUUGAGCAGCUUGAGCGGCAACUUGAUGCAUCGUUAAAGCAAAUCAGAUCAACACGGACCCAAUACAUGCUUGAUCAGCUUGCAGAUCUUCAACGAAAGGAACAAAUGCUAUGUGAGGCCAAUAAAAGUCUAAGGCGAAGGUUGGAGGAAAGUAACCAGGCUGGUCAGCAGCAAGUUUGGGAUCCCACUGCUCAUGCAGUAGGCUAUGGCCGGCAGCCACCUCAACCACAGAGCGAUGGAUUCUACCAACAGAUAGAUAGUGAACCUACUCUCCAAAUCGGGUAUCCUCCAGAACAAAUAACAAUCGCAGCAGCACCCGGGCCAAGUGUGAAUACUUAUAUGCCAGGAUGGCUUGCAUAAGGGCAGCUAAUUGAUUUUCCUCUGCAUGUGCCCUCAGGGCAUAUUGUACGUUGUGUGGCAGACAUGUGCACUCCACUUGUUGAUUGUAAUGGUUUGUAAUUGGUAACUUGUCUGUUUGUUAUUCCUAGGUAAACAAUAUUAUCUACAAACCUAUCCUAUAAAAAUUCCUGUGAGGGAGCUAUUCUAACUGCAUUUGAGUGUUUUGUUCCUA